AUGGAGGACACCUCAUCAUUUCGAACCUCCAAGAUGAGUCGACUCCCCGCACCUUCUUCGAUGUCCAUGUCGAUAGGAGGGGGAGGCCUUACGGAAUGGAGCGAGUCGCAACACAAUGCUCGCAUUGCGUCUACUGCGAGCUCACUAUCGGCCCUCAAGAACCUGAAGCGCGAGAUCCCUCAACCAGCCGCGCAAUCUGAUCCUAAGCGCAAGCCGCUUUCCGAACGCGCUCUCGAGUAUUCUUCCAAACCUACAUCUUAUGCCUCCGGCGCAGCGGCUGCACGAUCAGGUGUGCGGCCUCAGAGUCUAGCGGGCAUGUCUUCCGGGCUCAAGCAACCCUCAACCACUCAGUCACGACUCGGCGCAGCUACAUCGAUGGGCUUUAACAAGGCCACCCAAAACGGACGAUAUGGCACGACAACGACAACGACUACACGAAUUAACGGACCUAAUGGAGUCAAUGGACGCCCUACGCAUACCCGAUCGAAAAGCCAAGCACCCCGUCCACGAACAGCGCAUGCUAUCCGCGAAGAAGAACGACAAGAGCCUCCAGCAAAUACUGCAUGGGACGUUGACGGUCGAGUCGUGGACAUGGAGUCCCAAUUCAAAGAACUAAAGGAGAUGGUCAACACUACUCUUAUUGAGCGAAAGGGGCAUGAUGAUGCUCUUGAACUAGCCAAGAAGCGAGUGAAAGAGUUGGAGAGUGAUAAGGAGAAGCUCGACAUGAGGAACGACGCCUUGAAAUCAGAUCUCGACUCGGCAAGAGAGGAAGGACGCCAGAUCCGACACGAAAUGGACAAGAAAAAGUGGGAAUUCGAACGACAAAUGGACGACCAGGAACGAAAGCAUAGAGAAAAGAUUGACGACAUAUCACGGCAACAUAGAACAGCAACCGAAGAGCUCAAGCGAGAAUUGGACCGACUAAAGGAGGAACAGACAAAGGACCACGAGCAAAAGGUCGAAAGCUUGACAAGGCUCUACCAUCAGGAAUUGUCGGAAGAGCGACAAAAGAAGGACCGCGAGAUCCAAGAACUACGAACCCGGAUGGGCAACGAGCACCAGGAUAUGGGCGUUGCUAUACAAAGAAAGGACCGUGAACUCCAAGAAGCCAACUCCAUGGUGGAAAAUCUUAGAGGGGAUCUCCAGCGGGAACGCACCUUGAAGAGCACUCUUCAAACGAGCAUCGCCGAACUUUCGGCAGCCAACACGACACUAGAGGCCAAGAUCAACUCGCUCAAGUCACACGUCGAAUUCCUUGAAUCAGACAACAAGGCCCAGUCGGACUCAUUCGCCAACAUGGAGGCACGUCUACAAGAAGCCCUCCGUGUAGCCGAAGAAGCCCAGACCAAGCUCAUCAAGGAGGAGACCGAGCGACGAGUUCUUUUCAACAAGUACCAAGAGCUCAAGGGCAACAUUCGAGUCAUGUGCCGUGUUCGACCGCCCCUGGGUAAUGGAGAGGGAGAGGAGGCUAAGAUGUCGUUCCCUGAUGACAAAACAUCUUCCGAGAUCGUUCUAGCUGGCCCUGAGGAAAAGAGCAGCUUGGGACAAAUCACACGGAAGAACUACCCGUUCGAGUUCGAUCGUGUCUUUGUUCCCGGUACUCAGAACGAAGAGAUCUUCGGCGAGAUCUCUCAGUUAGUUCAGAGCGCACUCGAUGGCUACAAUGUGUGCAUCUUCUGUUAUGGCCAAACAGGCUCUGGAAAGACACAUACCAUGUCUUCUAUCGAUGGUAUGAUCCCACGUGCCACCCACAUGAUCUACGACACCAUCACCAAGCUCAAGGAAAAGUCCUGGGAGUACACCAUGGAGGGUUCGUUUGUUGAGGUGUACAACGAAGAGCUCAACGACUUGUUGACGCCCAAUGAUCGAGCUGCAGCAAGAAAGUUGGAGAUUCGUCAUGACGAAAUUCGCAAGCAGACAACAAUCACGAACUGCCAGUCAGUACGUCUUGACAGUCCAUCCAGUGUAGAAAUGAUGCUUGAGGAGGCACAGAACAACCGAUCCGUAGCAGCCACCAAGGCCAACGAGCGGUCGUCCCGAUCCCACAGUAUCUUUAUCCUCAAGCUGAUCGGAGAGAAUUCUGCCACCGGGGAGCGAUGCGAGGGCACAUUGAACCUUGUUGAUUUGGCGGGUUCCGAGCGUCUCAAGCACUCACAGGCUGAGGGCGACCGUAUGAAGGAAACCCAAAACAUCAACAAGAGUCUCAGCUGCUUGGGCGAUGUCAUCGAGGCACUCGGACGAGGAUCAGGUCACAUCCCGUACCGCAAUUCCAAGUUGACCCACUUGCUGCAAUACAGCCUGGGAGGUAACAGCAAGACUCUGAUGUUUGUUAUGGUUUCGCCACUCGAGACACAUCUGAAGGAAACAUUGACAAGUCUUCGAUUUGCGACAAAGGUGCACAACACUCAUAUUGGUACGGCCAAGGCGACCAAAAAGGUGCGCGAUUCAACAUAG